AUGGUGGACUCUCAGUACUUCCUCCCAAAUGACGUUGGAAUCUCUGCCCUGGACUGUCGAGAAGCCUUUCGCCUCCUCUCACCUCAAGAAAAGAAAUAUGCCCAUUACCUUUCUCGAGCCGCCUGGUAUGGUGGCCUUGUAGUGCUGCUGCAGACAUCGCCAGAGUCUCCAAACAUUUUUGUGUUGCUGCAGAAAGUCUUCAGAAAGCAAACACCUGCUCAGUUGGAAAAGGUGGCCACUUCGGUUGGGCUCAGCUCUGAGGAAUACCAGGCCUUUCUGGUGUAUGCGGCAGGCCUAUACGCCAACAUGGGAAACUACAAGUCCUUUGGAGACACAAAAUUCAUCCCAAAUCUUCCUAAGGACAAGUUUAAAGCCUUGAUCAGUGCAAGCCAGGCCUUUCAGGAGCAGCCUGCUGAAAUGAAGGCUCUGUGGGACAGCUGUGCCUGUCUGCUCUACUCUUUAGAAGACAAACAGAAACAGCUCGGGCUUGGCAACAAGGGCAUCACGACCUACUUCUCUGGGAACUGUGGACUGGAGGAUGCAGAGGUGGCCCAGAAGUUUCUUGACUCAAAAAAACUGUCUGCAUACAACACACGUUUGUUUAAGAAGGAAGACGGUGGGAAAAUCUGUUAUGAGGUGCGACUGGCCUCCGCUGUGAAACAAGAGUGUGCCGUGAACGGGGAGUGUGAGUCUUGUUGUGGCACCUUCUGUUUCGGAGACAAAGACUUCACUGUGACUCGAGGCGACUACGCUCCUCUGAUGGAGAAGGUCUCAUUCAACCUCCAACAAGCACAGUCAUGUGCUGCUAACGAAAACCAAAAGAAAAUGAUCGAAAAUUACAGACGAAGUUUCACAUUGGGCUCUGUGGACGCCCAUAAAGAAGGAUCUCGCUACUGGAUCAAAGACAAGGGCCCGAUUGUGGAGAGUUACAUUGGUUUCAUUGAGAGCUACAGAGAUCCAUUCGGGUCAAGAGGAGAAUUUGAAGGUUUUGUUGCUGUUGUGAACAAAGCCAUGAGUGAGCGUUUCGCGAAGCUGGUGAGCUCGGCCGAGGUGCUGCUGCCGGAGCUGCCGUGGCCCAAAGAGUUUGAGAAGGACACGUUCCUCAAGCCAGACUUCACUUCACUCGACGUUCUGACGUUCGCCGGGAGCGGGAUUCCAGCCGGCAUCAACAUCCCCAACUAUGAUGAUAUCCGACAGUCUGAGGGCUUCAAGAAUGUGUCUCUUGGAAAUGUUCUGUCUGUAGCUUACGCCACAAAAAAAGAAAAACUCACUUUCCUGAAAGAAGAAGACAAGGAUUUGUUUAUCAAAUGGAAAGGCCCAUCAUUUGAAGUGCAGGUUGGUCUCCAUGAGCUACUGGGACACGGGAGCGGAAAGCUGUUUGUCCAGGAUGACGAAGGUAAAUUCAACUUUGACCAGACGAAACUGAUCAACCCAGAGACGGGGGAACGAGUCACGAGCUGGUACAAGGGCAGCGAGACCUGGGACAGCAAAUUCAGCACCAUCGCCUCUUCGUACGAGGAGUGCCGCGCCGAGUGUGUUGGACUCUAUCUGUGUCUUAAUCCACAAGUGCUCAGUAUUUUCGGAACUGAGGGUCAGGAUGCGGAGGACGUGAUCUACAUAAACUGGCUCAGUAUGGUCCGGGCCGGUCUCCUGGGUCUGGAGUUUUACACACCAGAGAGCAAGAGCUGGAGACAGGCGCACAUGCAGGCUCGCUUUGUGAUCCUCAGUGUGCUGCUGGAGGCGGGAGAGGGUCUCGUGGGUCUGCAAGAAGUGACCGGACAAGACGGAAAACCAGACGCUGUGAUCACACUGGACCGCAGCAAGAUCCACACUGUGGGCAAGGACGCCAUCAACAGGUUCCUUCGAAAACUGCAGGUGCUCAAGGCGACAGCAGAUGUGGAGGGAGGACGGGCGCUCUACGAGAAAUACUCCACUGUCAGCGAUUCUGGCUCUCACAACUUCCUGCGUCUGAGAGAAACCGUGCUGCUACGAAAAGAGGCUCGUAAGAUGUUUGUCCAGGCCAACACCAGGGUUAAAGGAGAGGAGGUGGAGCUGGUGGAGUACGAGGGCAGCGCGGCCGGUCUCAUCACCUCGUUCGUGGAGCGUUUCGAGGGUGACGCGGAGCAGCUGGAGCAGGAGCUUCUGGAGCUCAGCAAAAGAGACACUGACUGCUGGUGCUGA